CUGGAUCUGAAUUUGCACCUUAGCCCAACAUUCAAGUAUCGUCCUACAAAACCAGACCGAACCCAAUAUAUUAUUCUCUUUGGUUUCUCUGAGCAUCUCGGUUUCUCUACGUUCUUUCUUCACCCAGAUAACGAUUUUCUCUCAUGUUAGAGUUCCAACCUUAACACAACUGCAACUUUCUCUUCUUUUUUUUUUCUUUUAGACCGAACAACCUUCUUUUAUUUCCAUGGAUCGUUGGAGUGGUGUUUUCAAUGUGAAAUUAGCCCCAAACUGUAAAAAUUACUACCGAAUCGCCGCAUCUCUCUGCUUCUCCUCUGCUUCCAAAUCCCUAACUGUGCCAUCAGCGAAUGCCAUAUUUUUCAAUGGAGACAGAGUUGAAGGGACAAGGAACCCUGUGGUUGAGAGGCUAUCGGAUCUGCAAAACGUAGCUCAAGUUUUGGUUUCUAAAUUUGGCGGGUCUGUUAAUGCUUGGGUCAUCCAGGCUUCCAUUUUCAAUGGACCUUUUGCAGUUUACAAGGAUUUUAUCCCAUCAGUCAAUCAGUAUGGUGAGCCUAAAUCAUAUUCUCCUGUUGGAUUCCCGGCUUCUACAUCAACUGUCUCUCUCUUAUCAAAUUGUCUUCAACAGGCAGAAGAUGUAGUUUCAAGUGGAACGAAGAAACCAUGCUCCAUUAGUUCAUCAUCUACAUCACGACCCAAAACCGUAGUUCUUGGUUUCAGCAAAGGUGGUACUGCAGUUAACCAGCUUGUGGCUGAACUUGGUUCUUUGGAUGACAAAUCCCACAUAAGAGAACAGCCUGCAGGGGUUAAUGUCCAAGAGGAGGUUCAAAUACUUCCCACGACUAAGGAAAGCUUAUUAAACAGCAUCACUGAGAUUCAUUACGUGGAUGUGGGGUUAAACUCUUGUGGUGCAUACAUCACUGACCAAGACGUGAUCGAAAGGAUAUCGAAACGGGUUGCGGAUGGAGGCCCCAGGGUUCGUUUCUUUCUGCAUGGAACUCCUAGGCAGUGGUGCGACGGCCGCAGAAUUUGGAUACAGGAUGAGAAGAACAGAUUGUAUCGUAUGAUUGAAAGCGAAGAUGAGAAAAGUGGUGGGAAAUUGAAGGUGUGUGAGAGAUUUUAUUUUGCUGAUAGGAAGCCUGAUAUGCAGAUGCAUUUUGAAGUUAUUGAAAAGAUGGAUGUUAGUUGAUUGAAUAAUAAUAAUAAUCUGAAUUCAAAAUAAUCCAAAA